AUGGAAGACCAGAGUAUUCGUCUAGCAAAUGGUCAAGAGAUCAGCAAGAAACACUUAAACAAGACGAAAGAGGAAGGAGACGAUGAAAGACCUUACAAUGUUAAAAAUGCUCCUCGAGUCAAGCUUUUCACAGUUUGUUCUCUCAGUCAGUCAACCAGUCAUCAAACCACUACACGCACAACAAUUCAUUGCGCACACAAGGGAAGUGAAAAGAAAAACAAAUUCAUGGUCAGCCAAACCGACUUCCCACCACCUGUUGACCAGUGGCAUCUGGCAGGCACUCGUGCUCACCCUCCACCACCACCACCACCAUCACCACCACAACUCCUUUAA